AUGGCCGUCUACCUCGACUACAACGCAUCCACACCGCUGUGCGCCGAGGCGCGGACAGCCAUGUCGGCCUUCCUUGCCGAGAGCAGCCACAUGUCACUGUGCGGCAACCCGUCGUCGAGCCAUGGCUAUGGCACUGCUGCCGCGGGUGUGGUAGACUCGGCGCGCGCGUCGGUGGCGGCCAUGCUUGGCGUACCCGACGCUCGCGACUCGAUUGUCUUUACAUCGGGCGGGACAGAGGCCAACAACUGGGCCAUCAAGGGCCUGCUGCCGCAUCUGACCGCCUCGGGCAAGACCCAUGUCGUGACCUCCAACGUCGAGCAUCCGGCCGUUGAAGUCGUCCUCGCGUCGCUCGAGGCCGCAGGCGCGUUGACCGUCACCCGUGUGGCUGUCGAUGCCCACGGCUGCGUCUCGGCCGAUGCAGUCGACGCAGCUCUCCGACCAGAGACGGGCCUUGUCACCCUCAUGCUUGCCAACAACGAGAUCGGGAGUCUCAACCCGCUGCAGGCCAUCGCCGAGCUCUGCGCCGCCCGCGGCAUCAUCGUCCACACUGACGCGUCGCAGGCUGUGGGCAAGAUCCCCGUCGACGUCUCCUCGCUCGGCGUGGACCUGCUCACUGUCGCCGGCCACAAGCUGUACGCACCCAAGGGCAUCGGCGCGCUGUACAUUGCGCCGCAACUCGGGCCGCUCCUCGAGCCGCUCAUGCACGGCGCCGGCCACGAGCGCGGCCGCCGUGCCGGUACCGAGGCUACGCUGCUGCUGGCGGGCCUUGGCGCGGCGGCGCAGGCGGUUGUCGACCACCUCGAAGACCGGGCAGCGCACAUGGCCGCGACCCGCGACAUGCUGUGGACUACGCUCGUUACCGAGCUCGAGGCUGUCGAGCUUGUGCGCAACUCGCCUGCAUCCGGCCUGCCAAACACGCUCUCGGUCUCGUUCCCGGACGUGCUUGCAUCGGAUCUGCUUGAAGCGGUGCGUGAUGAGGUGGCUGCAUCCGCCGGUGCGGCGUGCCACGCCGGCGAAGUCACCAUCUCGCGCGUCAUUGCCGCUAUCGGCGUCCCCGACAAAUGGGCGCGCGGCACGCUUCGGCUCUCUACCGGCCUGUACCUCACUGAGGACGAGGCGGCAGCGGCAGGGCGGGCGCUGGCACACGGGUACCGGGCGCUGCAAGCGUAA